AGGAUCUACUGUGUGCAGUCAUCGAUUGCUAGAAAGAUUCGAUUUUUUUUUUUGUGUACACAAAAAAUCCCGCAGCACAGAUCUCCACUUUGAUAUGGGCUGCACGUAGAGGUUUCAUUUUGAUAGGAUGCCCACCUCGAGCGGCUCGGCCGGCCAAAACUGGACGCGGAAAGAAGCGUAUGCUGUGCAAAAGUAUCGUACUCGUCGUCGUAUAAAUGCAUUACAAAAACAAAUUUCGAUUUCCUCAGCAUGAGAAAUAAAGUUUGUAGCUCGGACUUACCUUAAGGAAAAGAUUUGUAAAGCAUGCCUGCAAUUACUACGAGUGCGACACUUUUGCACAGGACAAACCGGAGGUCGUCUCAACUUCGGCUACAACGAAUGUUGUCGGAAAUAACGUUCUUUUCUCCUACUUCCCUUUCCGAUAGCCAGGGUCUCCUGCCAGGGUUCGCGGCGCCGCCGGAGUACUACAGCUACGGUCGUGAGCACAAGAACUAUGAUAUUGAAGAUCAUGAUAACCAGACAAGAAUAAAUACGUAGUAUCUAUCAUCAUGACCUUAAAACCUGGAAAUAAAAUUAUCAAAUGUAAAAAUGUCUGGGUCUGGAAGAAUGCAACUUGUGAUGCUGCAUUUGGAUUUCAGAAAAAUCUGUAUUGCAUGAGUACCAAAAGGAAUGCAAUUUUUGCUACGCGGAGAGGGCAUUUUUCAUGCGGAAUAGGCAUCAAGAAGCUCUCAAAAAAUCUGUGAUGCUAGGGCAUGCAUCACAGACAUCAGGGCUCAUGCAAAACGUGCUUGACAAGUGUCAGAAUCUUCCAGACCCAGACAUUUUUUCAAUCCAUGAAAAUGCUGAAUCAACAAACACCAGCUGCUUCUGGCAGCUGCAAGGGGCCGCCCAACGCCGCGGGCGUGCAGCCGGUUUCAGUACAAUUUUCGAUGCGAGAGUGGGUCCGCACCUUUUCCGUGGCACAGGUGAAACUCCUGUUCGUAAUUGCCUGUGCGUGUGUGGGAAACGAGUGGCCGUACAGCUUCCAACGCAACAAAAAUGUGAGUCCCACGGGGUUUUGGACCGGCUGUCUCCUAUGCCUCCUGCUCACCAUGGCCAGUGUGAAAAAUCGCCGGACGUUGGCAAAAGACCCAACCAGGUACAAAACCACGCUGCUGUGCCGAGAGCAGACGGAGGAGUGGAAAGGAUGGAUGCAGUGGGUGUUCAUUCUCUACCACUACUACCGUGCCCGCUUUGUCUACAACGAGAUCCGUGUCUUCGUUUCUUGCUACGUGUGGCUCACCGGGUUCGGGAACUACUGCUACUUCAGUAAGACGAAAUAUGAAAGAAAAAAACUGUGUAAAUGUAACUUUGUCUUGCAGAUAUUGCAAUACAGUUACACUUGUCAUGCCGGAUAUACAUGCAUCAGAGGCUAUUUUGAUAAAUACGUGUCUAUUUUGCGUACGAGCUACGCAUGACAGGUUUUCUGUCAUGCAAAACAAAUCUGUGAUGCUGUUCCUGCAAAAAAGUUACACUAUACACAGUUUUUGUCUUGGAUACAAAAGACUUCUCGCUGAAGCGCGUUCUUCUCAUGCUAGUGCGGAUCAACUGGCUGCCGCUGCUCCUGUAUCGUAAAGGAAAAAUCCCUCCACCCCAUAUCGAGACGAAGUUUCUGAUGCUGGAUUUCCGUACACAAAUGCGCGCUGUCUUGCAGUAAGGCAUCGCAGCCAGAUCCUCAGCCUAGGUAGGGGCGUUUGGGCCUAGUUGUUUAGCAUUGCACACGGCUGUCCCCUAGGCCCAACAGCAUGCCAAAUCGCUUCCAUAAUGGCGCGGAAGCCUCUGCGCUUGUCUUCUUGCAAGACAGAAGUGACUUGUGGUCUCAAAUAAGCAACACAAAUUUUCGGAAUCACACUGUUUCGAUACGGGGAGGGGGGAUUUUUCCUCACAAUAUCCUGUGCGUGUUCGUGCAUCGUGGGAGCGUAAUAUCCGGUAUGGAGCUGUACUACGUGGUGCCGCUGCACACCUAUCCUAUGUAAAAACGUCCCCACCCCAUAGUCAAGAUGGGGAAUCGGCUAGACAAGUCCACAAGUUUUGGCUGUUUUGCAUGACAAAUGUGGACUCGCAGUGUAGUGCUGUUUGAGGUAGUUCAGCAGCAUCACAGAUCUAGCAUAUCAUGCUGAUUGGAGGCAUUACAAAUCCCAAAACACGACCAGAAACCGCUUCUCAUGGGGCUCCGCAUGACAAACAUUUUGAGCAUGCAGAUUUGCAUGACAACUCUGGGGUGGGGACGUUUUUACACAAAAUAACACCUGUGGCUUCCUCAUGACCUACGCGACCUGCUAUUUGCAGCAGGUGCUUGCGGACCAAUUUGAAGAUUACUAUUCCUCGCGGAAAAUAACGACUCUGAUGGGGCGGCAGGAGCAAAAUAGCACUUAUCAAAUGUAAAAAUGUCUGGGUCUGGAACAAAGCAACUUGUCAUGCUAAAUCUCAAUCACGUACAAGUCUGUGUUGCAUGAUUACCAAAAGCUGUCCACUUUUGACCUCAUCGAGAGGCAGUUUCUCAUGCAGGAUAGGCAUGAUAGAACUCUCACGGAGUCUGUCAUGCUAUGCCCUACAUACCAGACCGCUUGGGUCAUGGAAAACCUGCAGGACAAGUCUGGCAGUUUUCCAGACCCAGACAUUUUUACAUUUGAUAGCACUGGUGCAGCUGCCAGUUCCUCUUCAAGAAUCACCAUAAAAAUAUCGCAAGAAAAAACUGCUUCACUGUGAGCUUGUGAUGCAGAAAAUGGAUCGCAGAAGCGUGUGUCAUGCUACACAUGCAAGACAAUGGAUUUAUUCUAGCUGUGUUUUCCCUUAGGAACUCCGCAUGACAGAUUUUCAGUCGUGUCAUGCGUAACAAACUUGUGAUGCAGAUUUUGCAAAAUCACCACAGUGAAACUGUUUGUUCGUGGGAUAAAAAAUGGCCGCCGACCUCGCAGGCCUGUUUCUUUCCCUUCUACUGUAUUGUGAGGAAAAAUUAUCCCCCCUCCCCAUAUCAGAGCGAAAUUUCUGAUGCUGGAUUUGCGUACACAAAUCAGCCUUGUCAUCUUGCAGUAGAGGACUGCAGGCCCAUGGCAAAAGUCUAUCGCGGAGAGGUUUUAUUUAGCCUAGGCGGUCAGCAUGACAAAAGUCUAUGCCGUAGGCCCAACAGCAUCACAAACCGCUGGCAUAAUGCGGGAAGUCUUCUGGGUUUGCCUCCUUGCAGCAAAACAGAGACGAAGAUUUGUGACCACAAAUAAGCAUCACAAAUUUCCAAAAAUGUACCUUUUCAAUAUGGGGCAGGGGGAUUUAUUUUCCUCGCAAUACACUGCACGUUGCCUUCUUUGAGGGGGUAUCAAAUGUAAAAAUGUCUGGGUCUGGAAGAAUGCAACUUGUGGUGCUGAAUUUGGAUUCCAAAAAAAUCUGUGUUGCAUGAGCAGCAAAGGGAGUGCAAUUUUUGCUACGCGGAGAGGGCAUUUGUCAUGCGGAAUAGGCAUCGCGAAGCCCUCAAAAAGUCUGUGAUGCUAGGGCAUGCAUCACAGACAUCGUGGCCCAUGCAAAACGUGCAUGACAAGUUUCAGAAUCUUCCAGACCCAGACAUUUUUACAUUUGAUAGGGGGGAGUGUGUGAUCUGGCGUUGUUUUGGAGCCGGGAAUAUCCUGUGCAAAAGUAUAAUCUGAUACUCGUAGUAAUUGUAGGGAUGCAUGACAAAUCUUUUUCUUUAGGUAAAUCCGCAUUACAAAUUUCAUUUGUCAUGCGGAGGAAAUUUGUCAUGCAUUUAUACGAGUUGUAUCGGACACUUUUGCAAUGCAUAGGGAACUCUCUUGGAGGUUUCAGGCAGACAAGUAUUCCGCCUGGCAGGGCAUUUUUUGCGCGAUCUUUCUGGAAUCAGUGACCAACCUGAUUCUGCAGUGGGGAGAUAUGGGGAGAAAAAAGUUUGUCACAGUCACUAACUUGGAAACAACUUGGAACUUUUGCAUUACAAAUUUUUAGCAUCACAGGUUUUCCUUGUAUUGCAAAAACACGGAGUGAAAUCCCGUGUGCAGUUUGGCUGUGAUGCAUGUUUACGCAUGACAGGCAUUUUUUUGUAUUGCAAAAAUGCCCAUGAGUGAUCGUGACGAACUUUUUUCUUUUGAUAGGAGAUCCCGAGGUGGUCGGAACUGCCACCGAGGAUGAGCUGCUGGUAUCAUAUCCUGUGCAAAAGUAUCGUAUUCGUAUAAAUGCAUUACAAAUUUCCUCAGCAUGAGAAAUGAAAUUUGUAAUGCAGAUUUGCCUUGGGAACAAGAUUUGUCUUGCAAGACUUGCAUUUAUACGAGUACGAUACUUUUGCACAGGAUAUAUCAGGUCCUCGUGCCAUAGGGAGUAGCAGUGAAAUAAUUAUUAUGACAGUGCACAACUCCUCCUGCUCCCCCUCAUUUGUCAUGUAAAAUCCCAAAUCCAGUCGCUUCCCUGUAGCACCGUUUGCAUGACAAAUUUCGAAAGCCCAAACAGUACUAGUACAGUUGUAGGUGCAUAAAUUUGUAAUGCGCAAGCUCCAGGGUCUAACUAUCUCUAUGGCGUUUGUAUUGCUGUUCAUGCAAUACAAAUGAGGGGGAGGGGGGGGGGGUUGUGCACUGUCAUAAUUAUCGGCAACACUGAUCAUCAUGCUCCAACUUCUGCCACAGAAGUUCAUCUUGACGAUAAAAAUUAUCCCGGAACUACUGCAUCAAAGGCUGCGGAGCUUCCGCAAGAAGAUCUCGAGAUGAGUAUCCUAUGUAAAAACGUCCAUACCCCAUAGUCAAGAUGGGGAAUCGGCUAGACAAAUCCACACGCUUUGGCUGUUUUGCAUGACAAAUUUGGACUCUUAGCGUAAUGCUGUUUGAGCUAGCUCAGCAGCAUCACAGAGCUAAUAGAUCAUGCAGAUUGGAGCAUGACAAAUUGCAGAACACGACUAGAAAAUGCUUCUCAUGGGGCUCCGCAUGAGAAACAUUCUGAGCAUGCAGAUUUGCAUUACAACUCUGCUGGGGUGGGGACGUUUUCAAAUACGAUAUUGAGUGCAGCUACGAACAACUGGGCGACUACAUAUCAACUGCAAAAAUGUCUGGGUCUGGAAGAUUCUGAGGCUUGUGAUGCACGUCUUGCAUGAGCCAUGAUGUCUGUGAUGCACGCCCUAGCAUCACAUAUUUUUUGAGGGCAUCUUGAUGCCUAUUCCGCAUGACAAAUGCCCUAUGCUUGUAGCAAGAAUAAUACUCGUUUUGCUACUCAUGCAAUACAGAUUUUUUUGGAAUCCAAAUGCAGCAUCACAAGUUGCAUUCUUCCAGGAGACCCAGACACUUUUGCAAUCCAUACUACAUCAUUGGUGACCACCCCGCCGGGCACGAGCGCUACCGCUAGCGCGUCGCACGAGAAGCGGCGUAUCAAAAGCAAAAAUGUCUGGGUCUGGAAGAGUUAUGCUGUUUUUGCAUGACACAGGAGGUCUGGCAUGGGGGCUCUAGCAUCACAGGUUUCGAGAAGCUUCCGCAAUGCCGAAUCCGCAUGACAAAUCCCCCAUUUUGCUAACAGAAAGUGGGCAGCCUUUGCUGCCUAUGCAUGAGAGAAUUUUCUGUGUUCUGAAAUGCGCAUCACAAGUUUGCACUCUUCCAGAUAUCCAGGGACGUUUGCAAUUCAUACGCCGAGAGGGCGAGCGACCUGGUGCCGGCCUAAAAAUCCGAGGUAGAGCUAUGAAAUGCAUCAAAUUAUAUGUCUGGGUCUGGGAGAUUCCAAGAUUUGUCAUGCCAGUCUGGCAUGACUCUGAACUCUGUAUUGCGUAGGGCCGUCGGAAGUAGAGCUCCUCCUCUCGCCUGUCGUGCAAAAACGCUGUUUCUCAUGCGGAGUACGCAACGCAGAACCACGGAAAAACUUGUCAUGCUAAAAAUGCUUGGCAGCGCAUUACAAUGCAGUCACUAUUCCCUUCCUUGCAUCACAAGCUUCCAGGCCCAGUGACAUAUUUGCAAUGCAUAAGAGCGGCUGCUUGUCAACGGCUACGCGUGGCCGCCUUCCGCUGUAGCCUGGCGGCUAUCAAAUGCAAAUAUGUCUGGGUCUGGAAACUUGUGAUGCUGGUUGGCGAAUGAUUAGGGUGCCGCAAUUGCCGUUCCAGCAUGACAAGUUUCUGACAUAGUCGGUGUAGUCUAAUAUCCUGCAUGACAAACUGCGAUUCCGUAUGACAGAAAAGCGGCGCUCUUGGGUAACGUGCAUGACAGACUUGAGAGUCAUGCUAGCCGAGCAUGACAAGUCUUGCAUUCUUCCAGACCCAGACACUUUUGCAUUUGAUAGCGGCGGUCGGGGUGCAACUGAUUCUGAUCUGGUAUUUUCUUUACGGGUACAAUGCGAAUAAGUUUGAGUACAACAAGAGACAUCCCUACAUUUUGAUUCUGGCACUGCUGGGCUACUUGCUAGUGCGAAAUUGCAGUCGCCCCUUCUGCGACCGCUUCUCCGCGUUUUUGGAUUUUCUCGGCAGGAACACACUGGAGACCUACGUGCUGCAGUUUCACGUGUUGAUGUGCCAGAAUGUGCAGCAUGUGUACCACAGAAAAUAAAUGCCCCCACGACCCCGAAAGUUGCAAUAAUUUGAGAUGCGAAGUUUUCAAAUGAAAUAAACCUUAUGUCAUGCAUUGCAAAACUAUAAAUCUUUCUGAUACAGAGCCUAGUCGUAUACAGCAUCGCUUGCAUGACAAGUGCCGCUCUUGCUGGGAUCUUUUGCAACACAAAGCUUUGCUCCUCACGAUAGAAAACCUUUGAUGCUGAUACAUGCAAGAGGGCGAGUGUUUCCCUUGGAAAGGUUUGCAAUACAAACGCUCCCAAGCUCUGGGAUCGUGGGGGCAUUUUCCCUCCCAAUAAUGUGCUCGUCGUGUUUCCCCAGGCUGAUGUCACUUCCGAGAAUUAUGAUCCGCUCGCGCAGCUUAUCAAAUGUAAAAAUGUCUGGGUCUGGAAACUUGUGAUGCUAAAAUGUGCACGAUGAAAACACUUCCGAACGCAGUCCGGCAUGACAAAUUCCCAAAACGCUUUCUCAUAGGCAAGCCGCAUGAGAAACUGCGUUUUUGCAUGACAAAAGAGGCUGCGACUUUUGUUGGUAAUGCAAUACAGAUCUUCUAGGUAUGGAACGCUAGCAUUACAAGUUCCAACCUUCCAGACCCAGACAUUUUUACAAUCCAUACAGCUUGGGAACACGGUUUUGGUCGCGACCGUGUUUGUUUUUCUUGCCUCGGAUAUCAAAUGCAAAAAUGCCUGGUUCUGGAAGAGCCAAACUUGUGAUGCUGCAUUCGAAUGCUAAAAAAACCUGUAUUGCAUGACCAGCAAGAGAAUUCAAAUUUGGCUACGCGGAGAGGGCAUUUGAUGUCAUGCUGGAUGCGCAUAGAGAAGCGUUCAAAAAAUCUGUGAUGCUAUGGCAUACAUCACAGACAUCAUGGAUCAUGGAAAACGCGCAUGACAAAGUUGUGCUCUUCCAGACCCAGACAUAUUUGCAGUCGAUAUCGGAGGCCAGAAAGGCCACGGUGGUGACGCAGGAAUCGUUUGGAAAGCUGAUAGAUCACCUACUCGGCGUAUCCUGAGUAAAAACGUCCCCACCCCAUAGCCAAGUUGGCAAAUCUGCAACACAAAUCUCCAAGGUUUCGGAGUUGUGCAUGACAACUUUCCAUUUGCAGUGUAGUGCUGGUUAGCAAGGGAAGCUGCAUGAGAGAGCCGCUUUCUCAUCCUGUUUACAGCAUUACAGAUCCCAAAACACGACCGGAAAUGCCUCUCGUAACGCUGCGCAUUACAAAUGUUCCUGUAAUCGCAAAUCUGCAUGACAACUCUGGGGUGGGGACGUUUUUACGCAGGGUACGGCGAUCAAGCUGGCGGAAGAAAGGCCGCGGGAUAAGGUAUGCAAGAAAAAAACUGUGUAAGUGUAACUCUGUAAUGCAGAACAUGCAAAAGAUUUACACCUGUCAUGCCAGACAGCCACGAAAUCCUCUUUCCAGGUGUGUUUUCCCUUAUAAGCCACGCAUGACAGGUUUUCUCUCUCAUGUAGAGCAAAUCUGUGAUGCUGUCAGCCAAAGAAAGUUACACUAACACAGUUUUUUUCUUGGAUACAA